AAUCGGAGACAGUGACACGGUUUGGUGUGUGGAUGAGGCUCGGUCCUUCUUUUCUUUUUUUUUUUURUUUUUCCUGAAAGGAUGUAAAUAAUCCAGGUCACGUGACACCGUGUGCGGUAUAUUGGAGGCUGAACGAAGUCGCGGAGGACAGAGAGCAGAGCGCCGCGCCGCGUCGUGCACACCCGCCGACCCUCUGUAGACUCCACACGUUUAUUUCUUUCCGACUUCAGCUACAGUGUUAGCUAAGUUUGGAGAGGGGGGGAAAGGGAGCUCGUGUUGUCUCUUUGUUUUAGUCGAUAAGCUUCGGCGCUCGGCUCCCUUUUCGCAAAGAAGACGAGAAAAAACAACAGCAAGAGCAGCUGCUGCAACACUGACCGGGUUACAUCCGUCACCUGGACACGCUGAACAUGGAUAACCCUGCAGCCAAGAGGACAUGUUGCGAAUCUCUGCGAGACUUCUUCACCUCUGCCAAAUUCCUUAUUUACAUGGGCCAUGCUCUGUCAACAUGGGGUGACCGAAUGUGGAACUUUGCCGUGGCUGUUUUCCUGGUAGAGCUAUAUGGGAACAGCCUGCUGCUCACGGCCGUGUACGGGCUGGUGGUGGCAGGCUCCGUGUUGCUGCUGGGAGCCAUCAUCGGAGACUGGGUAGACAGAAAUCCCAGACUCAAAGUGGCCCAGACCUCGCUGCUUGUCCAGAACAGUUGCGUCAUCUUGUGUGGGAUCCUCCUGAUGGUUGUUUUCCAGUUCAAAGAACAGCUCAUGAAUCUCUACAGCGGAUGGAUUCUGACUAUUUGCUACAUUCUGGUCAUCACCAUUGCCAACAUCGCCAACCUUGCCAGCACAGCGACCUCCAUCACCAUACAGAGGGACUGGGUUGUGGUCGUGGCAGGUCAGGACAGCAGCAAUUUGGCAGACAUGAAUGCCACAGUGCGGAUUAUUGACCAGUUGACCAACAUCCUGGCUCCAAUGUUGGUGGGCCAGAUCAUGGCUUUUGGCUCCCAUUUCAUGGGCUGUGGCUUCAUCUCUGGCUGGAACCUGUGCUCCAUGUGUGUGGAGUAUGCUCUGCUGUGGAAGGUCUACCAGAAGACACCGGCGUUGGCUGUGAAAGCUGGACAAAAAGGGGAGGAGCAGGAGCUUAAACAGCUCAGUCCCCACAAAGACUUAGAGAAUGGCCAGAGUCCUGAGGAAUCUUCUCAGCCGCUUAUGAAUGAAGCCUCAGUGGUGGCCAAGCCUGACUCUCCCAAGGAGCGGGGCUGUUGCUACCAAGUAUCGGAACCCCUGCGCACCUUAAAGUUCGGCUGGGUGGCCUACUACAACCAGGACAUCUUUUUCGCCGGCAUGUCCCUGGCUUUCCUCUACAUGACGGUGCUGGGGUUUGACUGCAUCACUACGGGCUAUGCCUAUACGCAGGGCCUCAAUGGCUCAGUGCUCAGUCUACUGAUGGGGGCUUCGGCUGUGUUCGGUAUCUGCGGCACUGUUGCCUUCACUUGGGUCCGCAAAAAAUGUGGCUUGAUCCGCACAGGCUUCAUCUCAGGCAUGGCUCAGCUGUCAUGCCUCAUGAUGUGCGUCGCCUCUGUGUUCACUCCGGGGAGCCCCUUCGACCUCAGUGUCUCACCCUUCCAGGAUAUUUUCACCCACUUGAUUGGAGAGAAGACCCUGCCUAAUGGUGACCUAAGCAGCGUUCACAUGGGUGUAAAUACCACGGUUGCACCAGCUGAAGAGUUACCACCUCUGCAGUCCUACAUAUCUGUCAGUCUGCUGUUUGCUGGCGUCAUUGCUGCUAGAGUUGGCCUGUGGUCUUUUGACCUGACAGUGACCCAGCUCAUCCAGGAGACUGUAAUCGAGUCGGAGCGAGGUGUGAUCAACGGCGUCCAAAACUCCAUGAAUUACCUCUUAGACCUGCUGCACUUCAUCAUGGUGAUUCUGGCUCCGAACCCCGAGGCCUUCGGCCUGCUGGUCAUCAUCUCAGUCUCUUUUGUGGCCAUGGGUCAUGCAAUGUACUUUAGGUUUGCCUUCAAGAGCCUGGGUACCCGCCUCUUCUUCUGCUUCUCGCCGGAGCAGAAAGUGGAGACAGUAGAAAGCCCCUCACUUCCUACCACCGUCUAACCCCAUUAAAGAGACUCUGUCCUCGGUACAUAGUUCACAGCCUUUUCCCCUCCCUGCAUCGUAUUUAUCAAACUAACAGCAUAGCUUGUAGCUGGCAGAAUGCUAAUACUAACAUAAACCAUAAACAUGCAAUAAAUAAUAAAGCAUUAAUCAAUAGCAGGAGGACGUCAGUAGAGCUUACAGUUUAGAAAAGCAAUCCAUAGUAAGAAUCUUAGGUUAGGCAGGGUGUCUCUAACAUUUUAAGUCUAAGAAUUAGAGGAGAGUCUCAGCCUUUCCUCUAUCGGUCCAUGCUCACAAGAGUAUCCAAGGCUUGUGACUCCAUUUUUGGUCUUUUAAAGAAACCAGAAGAAAUGUUCUCCUCCUAACUGCCUGGAUCGAGGAUCACUGUUUACGAUCUAAGAUUUGUAAAUGGUGCUUCAGCUAACAAAAGGGCAAAAAGAGGGAGAGAUGUUGCAGGGAAGAAGGCACUGAGGCUUGAAUAAAGGUGUGCAGGGGUGACUGUCUGAGAUUCUAACAGACCGCAUCCUUCGUUUUCAACACUAGCCUUUCAGUGAUGUCAUUGGUGCUUUAGCUACAUCUGCUAGCUGUUCUCUGGUAGCCUUCUCCUACUCGUGUCAGCUUACAUAUACAUGUAUGAACAGCAGGUCAUGUGCAUUUUUUUAUUUGACCAAACGCAAAACUGGGAUCCAGUCUCUUUAAUGCAUGGUUAUAAGGGUUAUGCAACUAACUGUAUUUAUUCAGGAAAUGCAGACGGUGGUUUUUUUUAUAGGAAUUGUAUCAUCAGUAUUGUGUUGUGGGCUCAUGAUUGUGCCAUAAGAGACAAAUGAUAAAUUCUAUGCACCCUUGUCAAUAGUCAUCUCACUUACCAAAGUCAAGUCCACACAAGGCAUAAAAGGAAGUGAGGGAAACCAGUUAUCUGUCUGAAGCAUUCCAAAUAUAUAUAUUUUCAUCAGGUGACAGUAGUGUAGCUUCACUAAUGCUUCCAAUAACCCAAGAAUACCCGAAUAUUUUUAACCCACUUUGAGAUUGUACUUAAAAUUUUGUUUUUCUGCUAGUUUUAAAUGAAUAGAUCCAUGUUGUCACCUUAUGAUUUUUAUGUUUUAUGACUUCUCUGUGGUGAUUUUCUUUUCUAAUCAUGAUUGUUGUUACACAGGCACUUUAAGUGAUUGACAUCUGUCAUUACACCCAAUGCGUGAUCAGGUAUUUGAUCAAUGUUUUUGCACAAGGCUGAAAGUCCUGACCACCCCACCCCCGCACAAUCAUAUUUCAAUCACUUAUAGCUGCCCUCUCAGUUUGUUCAGGUGCUGUGGUGGAAUGGUGGUUCUAAAACGCACAAAUUGCAGUACUCAGCACCACACAGUUCAUGAGGAAAAACUGGACCAGCCCCUGUGGAAUAGUCUGAAUACACCGCAACUUAAUCCCCUUCCUCUAGGAGUCAGCCAGGGUUUUCGCUCUUAUUGCUCCAAGCAUGAAGGAGACAUUUUUACCAAAGUCAAAUCUCUGUCUUCUGUGGACGUCUUUGGCUUUGUAGCACCAGUGUAAAACAUCUAUGUAAUAGUACCUCAAGAAAGUGCAGAGUGGCUUAUUUGCAAGCUACUUUUCCUGUGAAGUGAUUUAACUGAACAGACGUUGUCUUGUGAAAGAGUGUCUCCAAAACAGUUUCAAAUCACUGACACUGGAAAAGUAGCUUCUUUUUAAUGUAUGUAUCUAUAACUUCCUUCCCACCUUUAGUAAUUUCUGAUGCCUUAUAAGCUAGCAUUGUCAAGGAUUAGUAGCCACAUCCCACCCAUUUAAAAGAGUAGACAGUUUCUGGGAAAUGGCGGGGGUUAAAUAUUUGGGUUGGACUCAGAGGUAGAGGCAGGUGUCAGGAAACAGAAGGUUUCUUGUUAAAUGUUUAUUCUAAUGAAACCUGGUUAAAGACAGUGGUGCUGAGUCAGGUGUGCCAUGAGCCGAGGACCCACCAGGAACAGAGGUUCAUUUUCAUGUCCCUCCCAGGUUUAAUCUAACCUCAAACUCAGGCUGGGCAUCAGAGCCACAUCAGAACGGCCAGUCUACUGAUUCAGGAAUAUCACACAUGGCCAUACAUUCUAAUGUAAAUAAAUGUCAAGUAUACAAUUGUAAAAUGUAAAAAAAAAACAUUGUGUAUACUGUGUUGUGCUGUUUGUCUGAAAACUUGUUUUUUUUUUUACAUGUUUUAUAUAC